UCACUUCACCUUCUCUUGUUUCUCUCUCUCUGCGAUCUGUUUCCUCUCUUGCUAGCUCCUCCAAAAUGCUGGCGCGCCUCGCCGCGAAUCGCUUCAACGAGAUCCGUCAAAUUUUCCGUCAGCCUUCGAGAGCCUUCUCGACCGCACUGAACUAUCACCUUGACACACCGAACAACAACCCUAACCUUCACUGGGAAUUCACCGAUGGCAAUAAAGAGAAGGUUAAGGAGAUUCUAUCUCACUAUCCAUCCAACUAUAAGCAAUCUGCAGUGAUCCCUCUUUUGGAUCUUGCCCAGCAGCAACAUGGGGGAUGGCUCCCUGUUUCUGCAAUGAAUGCGGUGGCUAAAAUUAUAGAGGUUGCUCCUAUACGGGUCUAUGAGGUUGCCACAUUUUACUCAAUGUUCAAUCGAGCUAAGGUUGGGAAAUACCAUCUCUUGGUUUGUGGAACAACACCUUGUAUGAUUCGAGGUUCACGAGGAAUUGAAGAAGCCUUAUUGAAACACUUGGGAGUGAAGCGUAAUGAAGUGACGCCAGAUGGUUUGUUUUCUGUUGGAGAAAUGGAAUGCAUGGGAUGCUGUGUGAAUGCACCUAUGAUUACUGUGGCUGAUUAUUCGAAUGGAUCAGAAGGAUAUACUUAUAAUUAUUACGAAGAUGUAACCCCAGAGAGAGUAGUUCAGAUAGUAGAAAUGCUGAAAAGGGGUGAGAAGCUACCGCCUGGCACACAGAAUCCACGACGGAUUAUGAGUGGACCAGAAGGAGGGAAUACGACUUUGUUAAGCGAGCCCAAGCCUCCUCCAUGCCGUGACCUGGAUGCCUGCUGAAGUAUGAUGCUUUUUGCCUUCAAUAAUGUGAGGCUUGCAUCUGUUCGAGCUUGCCUUAAUUGGAACAUUGUCAAAUUGUUAGAUGCUCAACCAAUUUUUGAAUUAACCAGCCUUGAUGGCUUCCGUUUAAAAAACAUCUGUUCCAUAAACGCCAUAAAUUUCUUGGCUUGUUUGUUACUUAUCAAUGCUUUUCUGUACUCUGUACAUUAAUUAUCAUGAAUGAAAAUUGAGAGAUUACGAUGGUUUAUAUUUAUUUAGUUAAUAAAUUAAUUCCGUUAGGAUGCAUUUACCCGUAUGGGUG